UUUAAAAAUAAAAACAUUUUAAAAAAAUCAAAAUCUGAAAAAGAGUUACUAGAAAAAUCAAUCAAAGAGAAAGAAAUAAUGGAUUGGAGUUGGAAGUGGAACUGGAAUUGGAAUUGGAAUGGAAGUUGGAGUUGGAUACUUGAUGGCAUAACCGAUGCUAUACCGCGAGUUACAGGACCAGAAUGCAUUAAUCGCAUGUCAAAUAUACAACGCUGGACAGAGUCCAUAUUUCUAACAAUUGUAUUUAUAUAUAUAAUACUUAAGGCUACAAAACGUUUAAAUCCAAUAUUUCUACCACAUCCAAGAAUAUUAAAUAAACCACAUUCCGCAAUCCGACUUAUAUUGCUUAUUCUAAUGACGUUUGUAUUUGGUAUGGAAAUGGGUUUCAAAUUUGCAAGUAAAACAGUGAUAUUUGUAAUGAAUCCAUGUCAUGUACAAACCUUAAUACAGAUAUAUUUACUAGCGGCAAAGCCUAGCAAAGUAACAACAGCUUUAUUUCGCAUACAAAUGAACAACUUAAAUGGUCCGUUUUUAGCUAUACUAUUUCCAGAAGUGGAGUGUCGAACUUUGCCGCUGGAACAGGCUACAUACUGGGUACAGCAUUUCUUACUGUAUCUUAUACCUAUUUAUAUACUUAAAAGUGGUGCACAUACAAUAGAAGACUUAUCCGAUUACAAUUGGGUAGCAAUUGGUGUCGCUAUGAUGUUUUUGUAUCAUUUUUUAAUAUUAAAUGCAUUGUCAAUUUACACUGGCAUCAACUUAAGUCACAUGCUGUGUGCUGCUGUGUUAGAUCCAUUCGAUGGAGUAUAUUACCGUCUUGCUGCUGUGAUACAUCAAACAAUACUUUGUUCGUUACUCAAUAAAGUAACUGUGUUUUUAUUUAGAAGUGCUAAAAGUAGAGCUCAAUUACCACCGGAGGUAUAUAUUUCCACUGGAAGUCAGCAUGCUCCAGAUUACGGAUUGUUGUAUCAUCAUCAAAAGUCUUUGAGUGAUAUAUCAUUAGUAGCGGACUAUGGAAUUGCUCCAAGUGAUAAUAUACUAACCCACCGUCAAAGGCAUGCGCAUAUUUUGCCACCAGAAGCUUUGGUGGAUCAUACAAUAUUGCUACAACAAGAAGCUCUCAAUAUGCCUCCAAGUACUUUAACUGCAGAAUAUACUAUGCCCACGACAAAAAUUGACUAGUAUACGAAGUGCUUUCACAGGAUUUGUAAAUUAUAUAAAUGUAUAUUUAAAAAUUUUUUUUCAUUUAUGUACUUAUGUAAG